UCAAGUGAAGAUCGUAAAAACUCAGGUACAUCUCAUCAGAGCGCAGACUUCAGUCGGACCUACUUCCAAACAACUAAAUUUUCCCCUCGGCUUCGUUUGGAGUUGCUCUCUCCGUCUUUGGUGUUUCUUGAAACGACGGCAUUAAAGAGCACCGAAAAGUGAAAUUAAUGGACGUUUGCUGAAGUUCCGAGAAAGUGAGGUGGUCUAAGCCAAAGCUGCUGUAGAGAUGAGUUGGGUGGCUCUGUACGCCCAGCUGGGCGGGGUGAACAAACACUCCACCAGCCUGGGGAAGAUAUGGCUGUCUGUCCUAUUCAUCUUCCGUAUCACCAUCCUAGUACUGGCUGCAGAGAGCGUGUGGGGAGACGAGCAGUCUGACUUCAUCUGCAACACCCAGCAGCCUGGCUGUAAGAACGUCUGCUAUGACCACUUCUUCCCUGUGUCGCACAUCCGUCUCUGGUGCCUACAGCUGAUCUUUGUGUCUACACCGGCCCUGUUGGUGGCCAUGCACGUGACUUACAGGAAGCGUGGGGACAAGAGGCACAUCAUCGCGACGGCCUUGCACAGCGGUGGUGAUGACAAGACCAGGCAGGUGGACCUAGAGGCCCUGAAGAGGAGUCGUCUGCCCAUCACAGGGCCUCUGUGGUGGACAUACACCUGCAGCCUGUUCUUCCGCCUGAUUUUUGAGGCUGGCUUUAUGUACGCCCUCUACUUUGUUUACGAUGGCUUCGCGAUGCCUCGUCUGGUGAAGUGUGAGCAGUGGCCCUGCCCCAACAAGGUGGACUGCUUCAUCUCACGACCCACAGAGAAGACCAUCUUCACCAUCUUCAUGGUGGCUUCGUCUGCCAUCUGCAUGGUUCUCAACGUAGCCGAGCUGGCCUACCUCAUCGUCAAGGCCCUGAUGAGGUGCUCCACCAGGAUGUCCAAGAAGAGCCGUGCCGAUGCUCACCCCGAUCACAUAACCACGGACAAGUCCCUACUACAGAAUAAAAAGAACGAGAUGCUGCUGUCCUCUCUUACACAUUCCUCCAGCAACAAGACUGUGUGAGCCCAGCAUAGUGGCCAUGUUCUUCCCCAUUUAGACUACAGAGAACUAGGGAGUAGAAACCUAUCAGUGUUUUGUUACCAUGAGAAGAGAACAUACUUGUGAGGACAUACCUGUAGCAGCUGAGAGGAUUGGCCUAACCCUAAGUCUGCUUUUCUAGAGCAGUUUGCCAAUUCCAGUCCUCGAGUACCCCCAACAGCAGACGUUAUUGUUGUAGCCCUGGACAAACAUGCCCGAUUCAACUCAUUGAGGGAUUGAUAAUUAGUUGACAAGUUGAAUCAGAUGUGCUUGUCCAAUGUGUAUUUUUGGGGGUACUCGAGGACUGGAGUUGGGGAACACUGUCGUAGAGGAUAUUUCUCUCUCUGUGCCUUCCACUAUGACUGACCCAUGGGGUAAUGUUUUAGCAUUUUUUUUAAAUGUAUUUUUUUAUUUAUCUUGGUGCUUGUAUGUUUGAGCUACAUGUCUGUUUGGGAGGUUGAACAGCAGUGACAAAUGGGUCUAGAUCGCCACCUUCUGGUUUACAAUGAGCUUGCAGGAGUUUGUUAAUGUUUUAUUGUGGAGCGCAACCAGAAUUGGUUAAUGUUACUUCUACAGCUUUUGUGUGAAACUUUACCAAAGCAGAAACUCACAAGUGUGCAGUUUAGCUCCAAGUUCUAUUUGAGGCUCACACCGGCGAAGGAAAUGUAUUGAGUACCAAAGCAAUUUUAAAACAGUGCCUUAGUCUAUUAGCGGUGUCAAAUAGUAUGAUAGAUGAUGCUGUAUAUUGAGCACUUACAUUUUAGUAAUUUAGCAGAUGCUCUUAUCCAGAGAAAUGUACAGUAGUGAAUGCAUACCUUUUCACAUUUGUUCGUACCGGUCCCCUGUGGGAAUUGAACCCACAAGCCUGGCAUUGUAAGUGCCACGCUCUACCAACUGAGCCACACAGAGCACAAUGUUUUUAGGUGGCAUGGCUGAUACGCUUGAACAUUCUGGACAGAUUUCCUGGACCCAAAUGAGGCCUAUUCCUGUACUUAAAAAUCAUGCUCAAUGGGGAAUAUCCAUUGGAAGUGCUUCUUGGUCCAGGAGUUGGAUUAAGCUGGGUACUGGAAACUGACCCUCUGAGCAUUAUGCCAACUGAGACUGAUGUCUAGCCUAUUGUUGUCAAGACUGAUUGUAAACCUGGCUUCAGAGCCUAUCAUCUUUCAGCUUGUUCCUUAUUUUAGGCACUGAAUUUAUCACUGCACCUCUUUCAAUGUGAGUUAGCGGGCUGAUCUACAGGCAAAUUGGCCUAAUGUGCUUUGUCCAAAAAUGCAUGUAGAAGUUGGACCAUAAUAACUUGUAUCACUGUAGUGACAGUCUGACUGUUACCUGUGAAAAGGUAAGGACAGUUUUAGCAAUGAGAUGCAUCACACACAUUUGUGAAAGCACUUUGUGGGCUUACUUUCUCUCACAAUCUUUACAGAUGUAUUGGGGCUUUUUGUCUGUUUUAUAUUGACUGUUGGGAGGAAAUGCAAAAUUCAGUAGUACAAAUCAUUCUUGGACAUUUUUGAAAGCCUCAACAUUGUCACUUGCUUCUUUACAGCAGCUAGAGCCUUUACAGCAGCUAGAGCCUUUACAGCAGCUAGAGCCUAGCUUUAAUGUACACAUUUAUAAACUGCAUGUUAUUUGAAAGAAGGUUGUUUGUAUUUUUUAUUAGAUCUGCACUUUGACCCUGGGUCUUGACUUUUAAUAAAAAAACUGAAAUGAUA